UCUAGAAGCUACCGAAGAGCAGCAUAGCAUUCAUUAUAUGAUAUGAUAAAGUAGGUGUAUUAUCUAUCUAUUCUACAAUACAUUUAAAAAUGGGGCAUUCUUCCACGUCAAUCCUCUUCAGUCUUCUCUUCUUCUUUUUCUUCUUCUGCUUGUCAAAUUCUUUAGCCGCCGCCAACGACGAUCUUGUCCUCAAGCUGGAGGCUAAGAAGUUGGUGAGAGACCUUAAUUUGUUCCCGGACGUCAAUCUCAACAUCGCUGCUGCAAAUUCUUCUUCUUCAUUGGAACAUCACGGCAAGAUCGUUGAGAAGCGCCUCAGGUUCUCCAACCUAGUGAGCGAUGAUGAUGUUUCUGUUGAUGAUUUUGGUCAUUAUGCUGGCUAUUACCCCAUUCGCCAUUCCCAUGCCGCAAGGAUGUUCUACUUUUUCUUUGAAUCACGCAAUAGCAAGGAAGAUCCUGUUGUGAUUUGGUUGACCGGAGGACCUGGGUGUAGCAGUGAAUUGGCUUUGUUUUAUGAAAAUGGCCCCUUCAAAAUUAACAACGACUUGUCUCUGGUGUGGAACGAGUAUGGUUGGGACAAGGUGUCAAACAUUUUGUAUGUUGAUCAACCAACUGGAACUGGCUUUAGCUACAGUAGUGACUUACGUGACAUUCGUCAUAAUGAAAAGGGUGUUAGCAAUGACCUGUAUGACUUUUUGCAGGCCUUCUUUGCAGAACAUCCCCAAUAUGCAAAGAAUAACUUUUUUAUUACAGGUGAAUCAUAUGCUGGGCACUAUAUUCCUGCUUUAGCAUCUCGCAUCCGUCAGGGAAACCAAGCUAAAGAAGGAAUUCAUAUAAAUUUGAAGGGAUUGGCCAUUGGUAAUGGACUUACUAAUCCUGCAAUUCAGUAUAAAGCUUACGCAGAUUAUGCACUGGACAUGGGCAUAAUUACAAAGGCUACACAUGACCGCCUUGGCUUAGUAUUGGUUCCAGCCUGUGAAUUGGCAAUAAAGCUAUGUGGCACGGACGGAAAGCUUGCCUGUCUGACUGCAAAUGUAGCUUGUAAUCUCAUAUUCAGUGACAUUCUGUUACAUGCCGGAGAUGUAAAUUACUAUGAUAUCAGAAAGAAGUGCGAGGGGAGCCUCUGCUAUGAUUUUUCAAACAUGGAGAAGUUCCUGAACCAAGAAUCGGUUCGGGAUUCACUAGGGGUUGGCAAAAUAAGUUUUGUUUCUUGUAGCACUGAAGUUUAUAUAGCUAUGUUGGUAGACUGGAUGAGGAAUCUUGAAGUUGGUAUUCCUAUCCUUCUUGAGGAUGGAAUCAAUUUGCUUGUUUAUGCUGGGGAAUAUGAUCUAAUCUGCAACUGGCUUGGUAAUUCAAGAUGGGUUCAUGCCAUGGAAUGGUCUGGUCAGAAAAAAUUUGUAGCUUCACCGGAUGUUCCUUUCGUUGUUAAUGGAUCAGAAGCUGGAUUGUUGAAGAACUAUGGACCCCUAAGUUUCCUUAAGGUCUAUGACGCGGGUCACAUGGUUCCAAUGGACCAACCUAAGGCUGCAUUAGAGAUGCUGAAGAAGUGGACUCGCGGAACCCUUGCUGAAUCCAAAGUUGGUGAGGAAGAAUUUGUUGCUGAUAUGUGAUCUCUUUUCUUGCUUGAUUAGUAUAGCAAAACGAAACAAAAAAUGAAAAGGAAUUGUAGUGAAAGUGUAUCCACUGUCUUGUAGAUAUUAGAUAGUAUGUAUGUCAUGUGAUAUUUAUCCAAACUUCAUAUAAGCUCUAAAAUGUUUUAGUUUACCAAGAACUUCUAAAAUGGAAUAAGGACUAUUAUCAAGGACUUUCUAUAUUUGCCACUUUAGAUAUAUAUUAUUGUUUUCUAUAAAA